GAUUCUGCUGAUCAAGGAAAUGCUGUCCUUGAAAUACGUGCUGGUGAUGAAGCUGCAUUAUUUGCUGCGGAUAUAUUAAACAUGUAUGAACGUUAUGCUUUUUUGCGCAAAUGGAAAUUUGAGAGAUUAUCGAUUUUUGAGGAAUCUGGCGCUAUUAAGGAAGCAACGGCUUUAAUUUCUGGCAAAGGUGUAUUUGGAAAUCUGAGAUAUGAAUCUGGUGUACAUCGUGUUCAACGUGUUCCUAUUACAGAUAAAUCGGAGAGUGAUCUUCGUAUAGAUUAUUAUCGAGCAAGUGGUAAAGGAGGACAACAUGUAAACAAAACUUCUAGUGCUAACAAAGCAAAGGCGCUUCAGAUUUUACGUGCAAGAUUAUAUGAUAUGGAACGUAACAAAUUACAUCAAGAAAGAAGUGAAAAAAGACGUCAACAGAAAAGAUUAGGACAUAUAAUUUUGCUCAGGUAA